AUGCCUGAAAUUGAUAUAAUCCCAUACCACGGCGGUCCGCUUAAGAAUGCCAAUGCGAACAAGGGAUUGCCAUUUGAAGGGCCGGGUAUAAAGACCUAUUAUACCCAAAUUGAUCGUAGGUUGAAGACCCUUGACGAAUUGAAGAAGAUUGUCCUGGAAGAGUUGUGUGAGAAUCUUGCUGUGCACAACAUACAAAUUACUUAUCGUAUGCCAAAUGAAAUCCUGAAGCACUGGAUUAAUUACAAGUAUAUGACGAUAGAAACAGACAAACAUGUAAAGAUCAUGUUUGACAAGUUGGAGAGAAUAGCUGAAGUAACUAACAUUGAGUUGUACAUACAGUUGGAGCCACGUGCAGUCUGGCAAGAGGAUAUCCAACAAACAACCACAAGCUUACAGACUACUUCCAUUAACAAUGAUGAUGACGAUGAUGAUGACGACUAUGUUGUUGAGAAUAUUGCUAUUAACGGUGAAGAUUUUGUGGAUAGAGAUGAGUAUGAAGACACGAUUGGCAAAGACCUUGGGGACUUUGAGAGGGACAUUGAUGACGAUGAGACAUUGGAUGGUAGUGAACCUUAUGCAGACAAUGUUAUUAGUGUCCAAAACAUUACGAACACAAUCCCUGCCUACGCACCUCCUGCAUUGUCAUUCUCUGCAAAUACUUGGGAAAAUACGGUUGAUCCUUCACAUAUUGAUAUGCCAUUUGUGUCUACUUGGAGAGAGGGGAUGAAAUUGUGCAAAGGGUUGACUUUUGCCAAUAAAGAGGAGGUGAAGCGCGUAUUAACAACUUGUGCCCUCAAGGAAAACAAACAUUUUACGAUCAUUAGGUCAACGACGAAAAAACUUUGUGCAAAAUGCGUGCAUGAGUCAUGCAAGUGGUAUGUCUGCGCAGUUAUGAAGCCCGAUCUCCACCAACUAUGGAUGGUCACCAUGUAUGUGGGUCCUCACACGUGUAUACCGACUGGAGUGCGAAAUAAUGGUAGAAUGAUGAGUUGUAAUUUUAUUGCAUCAGACAUCUAUCAGAAGUUAUGUGAGGAUCACACUACCCCAGUUAAGCAUCUCAGAUCUAUGAUAGAGACGAAAUAUAAUGGCCAGAAGCCUUCUUACUACAAGGUAUGGGAUGCGAAACAAAAGGCGAUUGCGAAGAUGUUUGGGAAUUGGGAAGAGUCUUACCAAAGGUUGCAAAAAUUGCUAAUGGCAUAUAUUGAUCAGGACCCGACUACCCAAGUGUUCUAUCGUAUCACAUCCACCGAUGAAGAUGACGCCAUAUUGUUGCAUUAUGUGUUUUGGUCUUUCAGUCCAUGCAUAUUAGGAUUCAAAUACUGCAAGCCGGUUAUCAGUAUUGAUGGGACCCAUCUGUAUGGUAAAUAUCAGGGAAAGUUGUUGGUCACAAUGGCAACCGACGCUAACAACAAGGUAUUCCCUCUCGCCUUUGCUGUUGUGGAUUGUGAGUCAGGGUCCAGUUGGAGGUGGUUUUUACAGUGCCUCAGAGAUACGAUUGGCCACGUGAUACCUAACGAAGGCAUUUGCAUAAUUUCUGAUCAACAUCUCGGUAUAAAAAAUGCCAUUGCAAACUGGCCUAGAAAGGAUGAUGGAAGUACACUAGUAUUUCAUAGAUAUUGCCUUCGACAUGUUGUUAGCAACUUCAACACCCAUUUUCAGAACUCAACUCUAAAGUCAGCGACGUUGAAAGUGAGAUAUGCUAGUCAGGUAGUGAAAUUUGAUGCCAUAAUGGAGUCCAUUAAGCAGGUGGAAAUUGAGGCCAUUAGGAAUAAGAAGAAGGUGACGGGGAAGGAUGGCAAGGAAAAGAAUCAAGAUUAUCUUCUAUACACAUACCUAAUAGGUGAGUCUGUGGAUAUGUGGAGCCAGUCACAUGAUGGUAGGAGACGUUUUGGGGCAAUGACAACCAAUAUAUCAGAGUGCUUCAAUGGUGUACUGAAAGGUGCACGAGGCCUUCCUAUUGCCGCGUUGGUUGAGUUCACUUGGAACAAACUUAUUCAAUAUUUCCACGACCAGCCCAAAGAAUAA